CAUUAAACUCAAGAUCAAGAUAUUAGUGUUUAAACCCCCCGCCUUUCCCGCCGCCAUCUUUAUAAACAAGACUCUGGUUAGAGGAGCAUCACGGGGAAUCUUUCAACAAUAUCUUCUCUCUGUCUUAUUGGUAAUGGCAGAGAAAUGGGAUGAUGGGGCCAACGAUUCCCCUGAAGUUGUGUAUGACGGGUUCUCCCCCACAACGACCCAACCCCAGGGCCUCCCCCCCACCACCACCACCCCGCCCCAGGCCCUUGCCCCGCCCCACCCAGCCUUUGUGGAGGAGGGGGACGGCAGUGUGCCACUAGGGGGUUCAGGGUCAGCCUCCUUCAUAACUGAUGCACAGAGAGAUAACAGCUUACAACCACCACCACCACCACCACCACCACCACCACUACAACAACAACAACAACAGCAACAGCAGGAGGGGGAGAUGGCAGCACCUGGAGUGGCAGACAGAGGGCAGCUGUGUUUCGUGUGCUGCGGCUCUGUGGCAGACAGCAACUACAGGAGUGUGAGAUCAUCCAUGAACCACUCCCACGCGCCGCUGCUGGUGCUGCUGACGGAGGUGCUGGGCUACAAGCUGGACACGGGGCAGCUGCACUCUGAGGUGGUGUGCAAGAACUGUUACCGGCUCCUGGACAUCAUUGACGAGCUUCACCAGACCCUCACAGAAUCCAAGACUGAUGUGAGAACUAAGUUUCUUGAGACCAUCCAGCGCUUGCGACUCAAGUACCCAAGGACAGACAAAAUGCUGAAGCCGAGGUGCCUCCGGUGUGUGCAGAUGUCCCAGUCUUCUGCCAGGCGCCGCGGCAGGGGCAGGGGCUGGAAGGGGCGCGUGGAGGACACCAGGGGCCGCGGCAAGGGUGGCAGAGGCAGAGGCAGAGGUUCAGCUAGGACAGAAGAUGGGCAUGACCUUGGCAGUGAUAAUGAUCUGGAGGGCGGCAAAGAUUCAAGGGAUGUCUUAUGCAAGGUUCCUCCACCACCAAACCACCACCACCACCACCGCUCACCACAUCAUGCCAUCACCACAAGAGGACACAUGGUCUUUCCACAAGGAGAUGGAAGAGACCAAACGGAGGCCAAUGGAUGGGUCACGGUGGCUGGGAUGGAUGAUUUGGAUGGCAUGGAUAACGUAGAAGAGGAAUAUUCCCGUGACGGUGGUGGAGUUGUGGAAUUUGACACCAUAGAAGAGGAGGAGGGGGAACACUAUUACGACGAACUUUAUCUUGAUUUUUACAAUGAGUGCCACAGAGACAGAAGUGCCAGAGGACUGCGUUUGUUGUGUGAGGUUUGCCUGGGUCACCUCGGCACUCUGCUUCCCCCUGCUGGCCCUCAGAGCACUAAUGGAUGCUGUGCUGUGGAGGUCACACUUCACAGCCCCCCGGGAGAAGGGUUGUGGGUGUGGAGUCAAGGUGUGAAGCUGGAAUCUGUUAGUCCGCCUUCUGACAACGGAACAAAGGUGGUGAAAACAUGCAGCACUGUCGGUCUCAUGAACAGUGAUGCUGUCAUUAAUGCUGUGAUGUCUUGUGCGACUCACACAGCACCCCCAGUCAGCUCCAGUGAUGCUGCUAUGCUGCAUACAAUGUCCAGUGAAGCAUCUCAUUCCAGUAGCGAGGUUAUGUUGAGCCAAAGCUCCAGCAGCACUAGUGCAGGUGUCACAAUGCUUCCAGUGUAUUCCAGGGACAGGACACCAUCACUUUCAGCAUCUACCAGUACUCCAGAGUCCCUCAUCUCUAUAAACAGCCCUCUUCCAGCCUUCCCAGUCUCUCUCAGUGAUGUUAUGUUACCAGUCUCCACAGCCAGCACAACCACACUUCCAAUGUCUUCUAUCAGUAGCCUAGAUUGUCUUAUCUCCAUGAAUUAUACAAUGACUAAGUUGCCGCUGUCCACAAGCCUGAUUUCCACCAGCAGGAAUGCAGUGCCGUCCGUCAGUGCCGGGGAUACAGUGCCUCACGUGUCUGGCACUGAUUUACUCCUUCAUUCUCUGGGCCAGGAAGGGAAAGGGAGUGAGAUAGUGAAGGAGUGUGAUGGUGAUGGUGAGGUAAACAUGCCAAGUCCUUCCUCAGAGCCCUUAGUGCUAGGAUCUCAUAUUCCUUCCCUCUCCACACCAUCCCCCUCCCUCUCCAUUCCUCCAUCCCUCUCCUCCCCUCCAACAUCACUCUCCACACCUCCACCGCUCUCAUCUCCGCCAUCCCUCAUCCUCUCCUCUCCCACUCCUGCCCUUUCCACUCCCUCGCCACUCUCCUCCCCUCCCACUUCCCUCUCCACCCCUCAAACUGUUGUGCUGACUACUCCACCACUCUCCACUCCUCCCAUGGCCCUGUCCAGCCACUCUCCCAUCUCCCUGCCUCCUGUCAGCAGCACCAGAUUAUCCUAUUUUGACGUGAAGGAUUAUAUCAACACUCCUGCAAAUAAGGACAUCGUUACUCCUUCAGUAGUUCCCCCUGUCAACACACAACCCCACAGCACUCAAGUGCCCAGCCCAAAACCUCACAGCCCUGUGUCUCUCAGUCCCCAGCACCUCACUCACCCCUCCCCAGGUCGUCUCACAGUAAAACCAGACACUCACACCUCAAACAUUUCUGAGAAGUUUACACGAAAGAACUUCUCGGUUUCAUCCAGUAUUGAGGUGCAGACAGCCUCGCUACCCAGGUUGGCUGCAUCCACAGUUCUCAAGCCACAGCACACUCAAGAGGAUUCCAAGGAACAGAAGAAAGGACAAGACACAAGGGCAAGCAAGAAAGCAUGUGAUACAUUCCAAGACCUGCCCCUCUCUGCCUUGGGAAAGAGGCGACGCAAACCUUCAGAAAAAGCACGGAAUGCCCAGAUCAACAGGUCCAGCACCCGCCCAGGGAAGUGCCCCCGGAAAAAAGUGCCCCGAGAAAAUGCUCAGGGGAGUGGGGGCCCCGUGCCACCUGCCAGCUCUCCCAUAGUGCCCCGGCAGCUGGAGGUGCAGUACAAGUUUGUUUGUGAGUACUGUGGCAGGAAGUUCUCAUCAGCGACCGGAUUUCGGUACCACGUGGGGAGUCACGGCGUAGGUGCAGGAGUCACAUUCACCUGCAACCUGUGUCCUUACACCACACGGCGGGCCAGCGACCUCAAGAAGCACCAGGUGACUCACACAGGGGAGCGGCCACACCGCUGCCCCGUGUGCUCCCAGGAAUUCUCCGUGAACAGUUCAUUCCGGCGCCACCUGAGAGUGCACAGCGGCGAGCGGCCCCACACGUGCCCCACUUGCCCCAUGGCCUUCCGCAGCCCUGCCACGCUGCGGCAGCACAUGGUGCGCCACACAGGAGCACGGGACUACGUGUGUGAGGUGUGCGGCAGCAGCUUCAUCCUUCGCCACCACUACACACUGCACCGCCGCCUGCACAACGAGGAGCUGCCCUUCACCUGCACCCAUUGCAGCAGCUCCUUCAGGCACCACAGCGCCCUCAGGCAGCACCGCAGGAAGAUGCACCCCAGGGAGGAGGCAGCGCGGCUGCAGCAGACCAAACUGCGACACCUGGUGGUGAAGGGCGACCUGCAGGUAACCCCAACACCUGUGCCACUCCCUGCAUCCCCAUCAUCUCUCCCUCCAGCACAGCGUCCCUUUGAGGACAUCAUUCAGGAUGACUUGGUCGGUGAGGAUUCUGCUGCUUGUGUGGACUCCUGCACCCAAACACUGCCCUCGCCAUCAUCACCAUCAUCAUCUGUUACCCAAGAUAGGACCAAGGGGCAGGACAGCCCCAUAGUCCUCACCAUCAGUACCCUUGGCAACACAUCCUGCACAGGACACGGCAGGAUGCAGGAGGUGCCAAAGGACUCUAAGGACACCAUUGGCCUGCAGGAAGAGAAAGACACUUAUGCAAAUCCAGAUUUCUCAUAUCCUACAAUUGAGAUCCUGCCUGAUCCUACCGCAGAGUCCUUAAGCAUUCCUGAGGAGUAUUUGGUGGUGAAGGAGGGGGUAGGAGGGAAUGGGGAUUUAUCUUCCUCCUCCACUCCCAGCAUUCCCUCUCAGGUGUAUAUUGUUUUACCGGAGGCUGACGAACACGCCUCUCACCUUUAUAUAGUGAUGGGAGAAGAUGGCCCAUCACUCUCACAAUAAAUGGUGGUGGUUUAAUUCAUUAUCGUUGUUUAUUGCUAGUAUUUGUAUUGUUGUUAUUGUCACUAUUUUUCCAUUACUGCUAUUGUCAGUGUCAUUAUUAUUAUUAUUGUUAUCAUUUUAUUAUUAUUAUUAUUAUUAUUAUUAUUAUUAUUAUUAUUAUUAUUAUUAUUAUUAUUAUUAUUAUUAUUAUUAUCAUCAUUGCAUUUUAUUUUAUCACCAUUAUUGACAUUAACUUGAUUAUUAUCAUUUUUCUCAUCACCAACAUUUUCAUGAUUAUCAUUAUAGUCACUGCAUUAUUUUUAUUGCUCAUUUAUUGUCAUCAUCAUCUCUAUCACCAUUAUUAUUACCAUCACUACAUUUUGUUUCAUCACAAUCAUUGAUAUUAUCUUGAUCAUUACAAGUUUUCUCCUCUUAUCACCAUCCUUCUCAUUAUUAUCACUAUCACCACCACAUUAGCAUUAUUCAUUUAUUGUCACUAUUAUCACCAUCACCACAUCACUAUUAUCAUCAUGCAGCGGUGUUUGUACUUGCAUAUGUGUCACAGUGAGUUUGGUGUGUUUGGUAGUUUUUGGUGAGUGUCUCAGUGUGUAGUCUAGUCCCUGUACCAAGCUGUGAUAUGUGAGUAUUUGUAGAGAUCCUUGCAGUAAAUGUUUUGAGAUA